ACCAGGACACUACCGCAUGCUUACUGUUAAUGCACUAAAGGGACAAACACCAACGCCCCCCUCGUCAAGAAGUAAGCGCGUCAGGAGUGAGGAGAGACUUAAGCCACAGUGGUGUUCUUGGGCUGGACACCCACAUUUCCUCCGUGUGUAUCUGUCUGUCACUAGUUGGAUCAAGCCAGAAAACGAUAGCAGAAGUUAGACGUACUCCUUCAAAAUAAAACCACCAUUGCAACGGGGAAAAUACUCUUGAGCCCCUGGCAGACAGCUGGACAAAUUGAAGCAGACCACAGAGGCUGAACACCUACUGACACUGUGUGUGGAGGAUGUCUUCACCAAUAUACUACAACCAAGACAGUGUUAUUCGCUUCAAGAAAAGAAAAGCUCGCUUCUCUUUCAGUGAAGUCCACAUUCUGUUGGAUGAAGUGAGGAAGCAUCGUAUGGUUGUUGUUGGCAAAUUCAAUCGUGGCGUGCCAACAGACAUGAAGAAACGCACAUGGGCAGAGAUCACUGCACGUGUCAAUGAGAUUGGGGAGUGCCAACGUGAAGUCAUUGAGGUCAUCAAGAAAUGGUCUGACCUUAAAUGUGACACCAAGCGGAAAGUGGCUGCUAUGCGGUCAGGGACAGUGCCCAACAGGGGCCUCAACUCACGUCUUUCCCGAGACCUUAAUCAGACAGAGAAAAUUGUGCUUCAGAUCCUGGAGAUGGACGAGGAAGACCAGAACAUUGGUGACUUUGGCCCUCUGGGAGAUGAUGAUGAUGUGCCAGAGGAGGAAGAAGAAAUGGAAGAGGAGGAAAUGAUAGGAAUGCAAAGUUCUCCCAACGGUGGGUUGGAAAUGACGCCUAUGCCCCCACCAGCCUCCUAUGCCAUGAGUGGACCUGCACAGUCAGGUGACUCUUCACAACCUGCCUUUGAUGUGCAGUACGAAGUACCUGCGACAGAAGAUACUGAAGCUGCGUUUGGAGAGUCGGACGAUGACCAAAGGGAUGACGUGCCUCCUUCCACUCAGGCAGCAAAACCAACAGAGGACCAUCAAGGAAACAAUGGCAUCCAGAAACAAGGACAACCUCAGACGUCCUCCGGACCUUCAACGUCUUCAGCUGCACCUUUGAUGCCAGGUCAGCCCACUCAGAACGCUAGGGACAGCAUGCUGCAUAAUGCAUCACUGAGCCUUCAAGAGCAACAUGCCACCAACAUCCUGCUGGAGACGGUUUCGCGCUCCCUGGAGCUGCUGUCUGAGUCGGUGCAACAGCUGGCAGAGACUCAACAGGAGUUUGUGCGGGAGUCGCUGCAACUCCAGCGGGAGACAGUGCAAGUUCUCAGAGACUUCACAGGUGGAGCCAUAGCACUCAUGCAUGACAAACUUAAUGGACGGCCAGCAUUAUAGCAACCAAGCAUCAGAGUUGUUAAGUUGUAUCACUGACUUUAUACAUGGCCUUCAGGCACAGGAACUUUCAAGUUCCUUUGGACUCCACCACUGGUUACUGUACUUUUUGAUAGUACUCAACAGAUUUUCUGUGGCUAUAUUUUAAAACUGUAUUAGUGGAAAAGUAUUGAUGGAAUUGCUGUCUGCACAGUUACAUGAAAAUGGUUUGAGAAAAUAACCAAUGUUAGCCAUAAGGAAAGAACAUGUGGAGGGUGUUUUUUUUCCUUCAUUUUUUUGCUACUGAAAGUGAGGCUCCUACAACUCACAUUGUAAAACUUUUUUAUUACGCAUACACCACUUUUAAAACCUUUACAUUGUCAGUCAAAUCCGUUUGUGUGUCCUUGUAUAAGUUGUAGCUUUCUCUUGCAUCAGUGUCUGGAGAUUAUCAAAUGUACUGUAAUGGUAAGUGGAUUUCUACACCUGACCAUUAUAUGGUCCAUAUAUCUGAAAGCUAAACAAGGUGUGUUAAAUACUUUGAAAAUACCUGUAACUGAAUAAUUUGUGAUUGUCUGAUUUAGUUUUUUUUACAUUACAAACAUGAACACUUGAAUGAAAGUUUCAAUAAUUCCUUUUGAAACACAUGGAAUAAACCCCACAUGUAUUUAAACAGAACAAAAGUCAGAGUCUGAAUAGUGCUGUAGUACUUAAUUCAGAUAUCCAGUUAUUAGAAAGCGUAAAUCCCCUUUAUUGUUUUACAAAUUAAAUCUAUCUUGAUAUCUUUAGAUUGGUUCUAAUACAAAUGCCUGUUGAUUAAUAAUAAUCUGAUUUUAGCGACAAUAAUGCAUUGCAGAUGAUCAAAUAGUCUAAAAUUUGAAAACAUGGACUGCUUCACAGACUGAAGAGACAAGAGUAAAAAUAGAUAACAGAAGAAAAAUUAGAGCUGAAAGGAUGAAUCUGAUCAUAUUCAAAAUUUUCUCAUUGUCAUCAAGUAUCAUCAAAAGACCAAACUAGUAUACCAAAGUAUUGUCUGUGUCCUGUAUCCUCUGUGCCAUAUAGUCCUAUCCGUUGUUGUCAAAAAAUUAUUAAAAGCACAUUAAUGAGCCAUGCUGUUGCACUGGGUGACAUGUUCCUUCAUAACAAUGAAUGUGAACAUUGUAGUGAGUUUUUUUUUUUAAAUGUAUCUCCUGCACCAUGUCCUGCUGCAGUUUAUUUAUUCACCAUCAUCAGAGUACCAAAUGUGUAUUAAUCCACUGCUUAAAAUAGUUGCCAACAAGUGUGCAAUUUCCUCCUGUUUGAGCAGCGUUUUCUAAAAAGAUAAAAGAUAAAAUUAUA